CAUCAAGAGCUGAAGGAUAAGUUGCAGGCUGCUAAGGAAAAGGUUCUUCGGUUGCAUAAGCAGAAAAGGAUGUGGUUUGAAAAGAUGAUGCGCGCUGUCCGCUGCAGCAUUAACAAUGUGGAAGAGCUGGAUUGCAUCGAGGCGGAGGAGGCUGAAGAGGAA